AUAAAAAGUUCCAGCAGUUGUUAUGAUUUGUGAUUUCGUGAUGAUAAUUGUGAAUGUGUCUUGAUUUUUCAUUUCUUGAAUAUUAACUAGUAUUAAUUUCUGGAUUUAUUUUGAUUUUUGUGAGUAUUAUAUUUGAUGACAGUAACAUGACCUCAUUAGGAUAAAGUACGAUGUAGAAUCGCUUUAGUUGGGCACAGACCUACCAUUGUUCAUAUUGAUCAUAGUUUCUUAUGAAAUUUUAAUUGCAAAACCUUACUGAUGGUCUUUUCAAAAGUGCAAUGAAUUUUACAAUUAAGGCUGAAGUUCUUACUGACAAUAGUUUUAGGAGUUUCAUAUUAUUCUAGGAUAGUUUAAUUAAGCAUUCUCUACUUAUUUCAGGGAGGGAUCCAAAUCAAAAAUAUUAUGUAGAAUUGUUGAGCAUGGAUGAUAAAAUUCUGAACAUUCCUGACAUCAAAUUCCACUGUGAGGUGGUUCUCCCACAUGAAACCUUUAAGAAAAAAUUAAAACAGCUUGAAGAUGUUGGGGUUGUUGCCUUUAGUAUUGGAGAAAGAUGUUUGCAGAUUGUCGGAAAGAAGGGAAUGACUGCAGGGCAAAGGCAUCUAGCAUCAUUCAUCAUGCCUCAUCUGGGAGCACUACAGAAAGCGUCUUAUCUAACAUCAAGUAUCCAAAUGAGUUUUCCUAAUGAACAAGUUGCUACUAUCAUGCUGCGAUUCUUCCUCCCAGCACUCGGGGAUUUGCUGUUCAUAUGCAAGACAGAUCAGGACUUCGAAGGGGAGAAAGAAGAGUUAAUUUGUGGCUCGGAUUCUGGAGGAAAUGCGUUGGAAGAAUUAGAGCAUAUAGGCACUACUGCUGGUGGCAGACUUGGAGGAUAUAGUGCUUUGUCUUAUACUGUUUUGGAGGUUCUCCCAUACAACAUCGACAAUGCAGUAAUUACUGAAUUUGAAUGUACUACAAAAGACACCUCUUAUUGUGCAGAAGUGACAGACAGUGAGCUCAGAAAGAGGAACAGAAAUAUAAUGAAGGCGAUCUUCAAAACAUGUCUAAAGGAGGCCUUUCCGUCAAUGAAACACAUGACCCUGAUGGUCGUUUUCAUGGAUCCACAAAGAGAGGUUGCUAUCGAAAUUUGUUGUGCAAAUGCUGAAGCUGCUAGGCUGGCACGCCAUGGUAUGGAUCAAAUAACAGUUUCUAGGUGGCUAUUCAACAAAGUUGGUCUUUCUUUUAUUGGGAAACACUGGCUACAUGCGAAGUUUUUGUUGAAGAGAGGAAACUGUCCAGUGGAUGUCAGUGACAAGUUCCUGAUGGCAGACCCAAUAGGUUUGCUAUGGAAUGAAACUGAUUUGUUAAAUGAAGGUAUGAGGGGCACGGAGGUGUUCGUUAGUCUUGUAGGCUAUUUGGGGGACGUUGAUGGUCUAAAUUCUGUUGAAUCUGUUCAGAAUUUUCUUACCAAUUUGGACUGGAAAUCUAUAAAUAAUUUCAGCAUUCUGGCUGCAGCUGGAAAGAUUGUGGUGCCGGGGCUCGGAGACUUUGCUGAGGGGCUGGGAAACAAUAAGGAGAUGAAGCAAGAUUUAGCUGUGUGAGCUGUCUCUUCUUGGUGCAGAUUGACUAUAGUGAACUUCCUAGAAUGUGGAAGUAACUUUUUCAUAUAAUAAACAAACCAAGCUGGUAGCCUUGACAGAUACUGUGAAAUGCUUGCUUUAUUUGUGACUACAGUAUAGUUACAACUUGUGAGGCAUAUGUAAUUUCUGUUUAGUGUAUGUUAAGCUGUCCUAGCGAGGGCAUAGCAACAUCUAUCAGUAGUUAGGUUGUUAUUCUCUCAUCUAUCCUGUAUCAAAUUUUGUUACUUUAGAUUUGUGCUGUCC